AUGAAGAAGAAAAUAACUUAAUUAUAAGAAAGUCAUGAAAAAGAAUUAUAAUAUUAGUAAACUUAAUUGCAAAAUUAUAUUGAAAUAUUCACGGCAGAAAUGAAUACAAUAAUUGAUAUUAUCUUAAAAGAACUGGAUGAAUUUUCUAAAUAAUCUAAAGAUGAUAUUAAUUAAAUAAAAGAUAUUCUGGAUGGGCUAAAAGUAGAACUUCAAAAAUUUGAUCAAGUAAUGGAAUAGUAGAGAGAACAAAUAUCAGGUUUUUUCAAAUUUCUGAUUUAUUUAUUUCAUAUAAUUUCAUUAGAUUAAAAAUUUGUAAAAACUCUAGAAAAGGCUAGAGAACACUUAAUAGAUUAAAGGUGGAACUUGAUUUUAGAUGAAUAUGAAAAAGUUGAAAGUAUUGAUCAGAAAAUAGACAAAAUUGCAGAGAUUACUUUAAACAAUAUGGUCAGUAAUUAAAAUCAAAGAUCUAUUGUGUGGAUAGAUUAAAAUAUCUAAAACAAAGAAUUUUCUAAAUUUUCAAUCGUAAUUUAAUCAACAUUUCCACAAAUUCAACAUUUUCAUUUCUUGACUAGUAUAGAAAUACUGCUCUAAAUCUUGAAAAAAAAUAUUAUAGUGUAUUUAAUCAUUGAAGGAUCCAUUGCAGCUGAAAUCAUUAAACGUUUGGAUUGCAGUCCUAAUAUUCAUUCUAUUAUUCUUUAUAGUCAGAAGCCCUAACAAUACUAAAGCUUGAAAUAAUAAUACAGUAUAAUUUAAUCAAUAGAUUCUUAACUAGAGUCCAUAUUAUAAACAUUAAAUGAUACAAUUAAUGGAACUGAUGAAUUGAAUGGACAAGUCAAUUUUUACAGAUUUCCAAACUACUUUAAAAUUAAUAAUCCAAUAAUUUUUUUAAGGCAAGAAUUUUCAUUGAAAACUCUCAAAUAAAUAAAUUUUCCGUAAGCAUAUGAAAUUAUUUAACGAUGUUUAUAAAUUCUACCAAAUUUAAUGGUUUAUUUUUAUAAUAAUGAGCAAAUCAAGUUGGGAUAAUAAAUUUAAAAAGCAUUUAGAACUGAAAAAAUAGAAGAUAUAUUAAGGCUGUAUACAGAGGAAGGAGAUUUUUAUCCUUUUGUGAAUAGAUGUUUACAAAUGUUGAAUGAAAACGCGAUACUAUCUGCAUAACUAUUAAUAAAAUCUGUUAAAUUUUGUAUUUAGAAUUAUGAUGACAAUUAAAAUGAUGAAAUGUUUUUCCAACCAAACUUUUAUUUAUAUAGAGGAAUAGAAUAUGACGUGAGAAAAUUUAUGACAUUGAAUAAAAUUUGUGAUAUGAUAAUAUUCCCUGCUUUUACUUCAACUUCAAAAAAUUUUGAGAAAGCAAAGAGGUUUACAAAAGGGUAAGGGAUAAUUUUUAGGAUUAAAUUUUUUAAAAAUAAUAUAACAGGAGAUUUUAGAAAAUUUAGACCAAAAUACAUAGCCUAAAUAUCUAAAUCUUAGGAAGAAGAAGAGUUUGUAUUUAGCUGCUUUUCAUGUUUUAUAAUAACUGAUUUUGGUGAUAAUAUCAUAGAUUUAGAUUUUGUUUCUAUUGAUUAAUGA